AUGUUUAUUACAAAUAUUGACGUAUGUGUUGAAAUUCCUUGUCAAAACAAUGGAACAUGUGUGGACCUCAUCAAUGAUUACUACUGCAGCUGUAUUCCUGGAUUCAAUGGCACCAACUGUACAAAUAAUAUGGAUGAAUGCGCAUCAGUACCAUGCCAGAACAAUGGAACAUGCAUUGAUUUGAUCAAUGACUACGAAUGUCUGUGUGAUGUGGAGUUUAAUGGUACAGAUUGCUCAACAAAAUCAAAUCUAAUGAAAUACACGCUUGUUUUGUACCUCGACGUGACAACAACAGAAAAUUUGAGCAUAGAAGAAGAUUACAUCAAAGUAGAGAAUAAAGUUCAACAAGCAUUAUCUGAUAUUUACAGUAAAAGAAUCAAAGGAUCAGAAGUCAUUAUAAAAAGCGUGAGGAAAGGCAGCUUAAUUGUAAAUUUCGACCUCAUCUUACCAGACAGUCCAACUUCAAAACUUCUCGUCGUUGACACAAUGUAUAAGCUUGUGAAUGGUUUGUUUUUUGUCAACUUCUCUGGAGAAAUUGUCAACGUUACUACUGCCACAAUACAACAUUCAACAUUCGGCGAGGUUAUUAUUACCAACUCAACUGAUGGAUGCGCUGUUGUAAAUUCACAAGGAGCUUGUGAUGCGGGAUAAAGUUGCCAAGAAUUCAUAAACCAAACAGUAGCUUGUAUGUAAGUAAAUGUAAUCCCUAUCAUUAGUAAGUAUAUAUGCUCUUUUGCGUUUUUUAAGUAAUCAUGACCCUGUGAUAUAUGUCGUUUUGACAUUAUUUUAAACAAUUCUGCAAACGAAAUAUAAAAUUAUCAUAAAUUAAGAAUUAUU